UCUAAACACUAUAAGAAUUCCUUUUUGCUACUCAGAGUGCUAGAAAAUGCUUCUAUAUCAACGACCCCUUGUUAGUGUUACUUAUUUUAAUCUUCGCUUUUCUUUACAAUGAUGCCAUAGGGGAAUGAAUUUCUGAAAGUAAAAAUGCUGGACACAUGGCUUCCCCCAGACAUUCUUUAUGUCUGAGGGAGAAACUGCUGCCAUUUCUCAAGAACAAACCUUUACUAUCAUAGUGUACAGAAAACUUUAAAAUUAUCAACGAAACAUUAUUUAUGAAAAAAAAAAGGAGGACUAGCUUUAAUGGCUACCGGUAUUUAUGAAUUUUAAGGACCCACCUCUAAUUACAAGAAAUGUCUAUUUUAAUAUUAGUCAUUAGUAAAAAGAUAUCAAUGUUGAAAAGCUUAUCAUCUACCUUAGACCUUCUCUAGUACUCUCCUUUUUUUAUAGUAAAAAAAAAAUUAUAUAAGAAUGGCUCAGUCUGAACUUAAAAUUACUCAUGUAGUAUUUGACGUUGAUGGACUUAUAUUAGAUACUGAAAGAGUGUAUACAGAAUGUUUAGAAGAAAUCUGUGGAGAGUCUGGCCACCAGUACACCUGGGAAAUCAAAGCCAGACAAAUGGGAAUGAAAGAACAUGAAUCUGCUAAACUUUGUAUAGAUGAACUCAACUUACCUCUAACUGUGGAAGAAUAUUUGAAUAAACUCAGAACCAAACUCGCACAGAAACUGCCUUCAGCCCAAGUGUUGCCCGGAGCAGAAAAGCUGAUUCGACAUCUACACAGUCAUAAUAUUCCUAUAGCAGUGGCCACAGGAGCAGAUAACUGGGGAUUUGAGAAGAGGGUGUCAGGACACAAGGAGUUGUUUAGCCUCUUCUCCCACAGUGUUCUCAGCAGCAGUGACCCAGAAGUCAAAUAUGGGAAGCCUGCCCCUGAUUGUUUUCUUGUAUGUGCUGCAAGGUUUAAAGACACUCCUGACCCACAACAGGUACUUGUUUUUGAAGAUGCCCCAAAUGGCGCUGAAGCUGGAUUAGCUGCAGGAAUGCGAGUAGUAUGGGUGCCUGACCCUAGAGCUGAUCGUUCCAAACUAGGAGGAAAGGUCGAUCUAGUCCUAGAAUCAUUGGAGCUAUUUAAACCAGAAUGUUUUGGGUUGCCUCCUUAUCCCAACAGUUGAUGAAUGUUUAUCAUAGAUUAUUAAAAAAAAAAUGUCUUCACUAUUAUGCUCUGAGUAAUAAAACAUUGUUUCUAAUAAAAUAUGAAAAGUCUUUCAGUUA